AACUCGCACACCCUCAAUCAUAGAGAAAAACAUACAUCUCAAUUUUACAAAACUUGAAUUCGUUUAAAGUAUGUGCCACAAACAUUUCGGUAACUUGGCUGUUAUUCGCGGCAUAGUAUAUUAUCGACUGUCUCCACAUGAGCUGAAACCUUUCGCUCAUGCUUCCCAAGGCCUACGCAACUUCGUACCGCGGACCACAGCAAGGAUUUACACUUGGCUACCUACAUUGAUAGGCACCGUAGCCGUGUACUUUGGAGUGGAGGAAAGCUAUCGUCAGAAACUUCGCAAAAAUCCUUUAGAUUAUGUUAAUGAAAUUGAUCCCAAUACUGAAUAAAUACUGAAAAAAAUACGUCCUGAAUA